GGCCAAUGUGAGUGUUUCGGUUUCAGAAGCAGGAUUUCUCACUUUUUACGGCGCUUAAAUAUUGUUUUUGAAAUGAAGAAAGCAGUCAUUGCAUGCUGUCUUAAUUAAAACAGUACUGGAUAUAUGUACAUUAUCUAGUCACUGGCAAUGGGAGACAGUUCAUUCAAUGGAAGACCAACCUGGUCUUCUGCACCAGGUCAUAUACCAUACCCACAAAUGCCAAUAACAAGCAACCCACAGAUGGAUCCAAGGUUCAACUUCCAGAUGAGGCCUGGAGCCAUGAAUGGGUACCCUGUCAUGCCUCCACCGAUGUCCACACCCAUGAGUGGAAGCUUCCCUAUGUGGGACAUGGAGGUUCCCAGCCAGAUGUUCAUGCAGGCCAUGAACUUUGAUCGGUUGAUGGCAGGUCAAAAUGCAGCCAAUCAGAUGGUCAACACAAGCAGAGCUAGCGAGGAAAUGCCAGGACAAGGGGACACAGGUCGAGAAAUGAUAGAGCAGCAGCAAGCUGCUGAACAGGCACGCUUGUUACAGCGGUUCAAGGAACUGCGGAGCUGGCAACAACAGCAGCAGGAGAUACUCAUGUCCCAGCAGCACCAGCAGCUUUCUAUCCUGAAGAAGGAGCAGGAACGCAUGCAGAGUCUAAUCACAAAUCAGAAUCACCCUGGUGCAGGUAAUCAUCCCAGUGACAUGGCCACACCCCCACGGCGAAAUCUGCCACCCGGUACUGACGUCAGACAGCUCAUGGGCAUGACACAGCAACAACUGUCACAACAGCAACAACUGUCACAACAGCAACAACUGUCACAACAGCAACAACUAUCAAAACUGCAACAAUCAAAUGGGUCCCUACCAAAGCCAGUGAUUUAUGUGCAACCAAAAGAGGAUGAUGACGAGAUAAAGACUAACCCGGACCUAUUCAGUGACACAAACUCCAACCGUGGCAGCCAGGCAACUGUGGAGGAUGGCAUGUUCCCGAUACCAGACUCUGCCUCUGAGGCCAGUGAUAUAGGGUUCAUCAGGCAGCCAGCGAACCCUGUACAGUACAGACCAAGGUUCAACAAACAUGAGCUGGACGCACCGAAGAAGAUGCACCGGUCGAUGUCAGAGCUAGAGGCUGACACAGAGUUCCUCAACCUGUCCUCUCAGUCCCCCACCUUCCUAGACAUGCACAACCCCGUACAGUCCAGGCCGGCAGGAUCUGAGAUUGCUGAGGAAGAUGAGCACACAGAAGAGGGUGACAGCCAGUCGAGUGAUGAUGAUGACAGUGAUGAUGACAACAACACCGAUGAUGAUGAUGAGAGUGAGGAAGAAGACCAAGAGGACACACAGAUUGAGGUGCAUGCAGCUGUCAACCCUGAUGAGGUUCCCAUAAAACCAGGGAUCAAGGGCGGCAAAACGUUUGAGGAGCUUCUGGAAGAACAGCUCCGAGCGGAGGAAGAGAGGCUGAAGCAGUCAGAGAUUGCAGCCGACUCCCCAGUACAGAAAAAGAGGACAUUCCUAAAGAAGGGACAAGGGAUAGCUAGGUAUGAACAGAGGCCUAAAAAACGUGCACCCAGGCCAAGGAAACCUGGCGCUAGUUCAACUGCUAUGUCCACCAGCACCCAUAAAACAACAGAAGCAGCUAACAGUGCUAAGACAGGUGGAAAGGUAACGAGCAAGCCUCCAAGUCAAAGUAAAUCAACGGCAAGUCAGAAACAAGCUGCUCAGAAUGGCAAACAACAGAAGGCAGAUUCUUCGAACAAGACACAGGCUGGCAAACAACAGAAACAGGAGAAGAGGGCUGGUUCAAAAGCCCCGGAGAAGCCUGGUAAGCCCCCGUCUGAGCCGUGUAACCAGGAGAUACGACCACACAAGGCAGAAUCUAUCCCAGACGACGCCUCCUUUGUAGCCGGCAUGCACUGGAGGCAGAAGGAAUCUGAGCAAGACCUGGUUGACCUUGAUGAGUUUGAGAUCUUGGAGCAGUUUGCUGACAACAUGUCCUUCUGUAGUAACUCCUCCAUUGUCACUCGUGGACUGCGUGGGCUACAGUCAGACCGCAUCCUGCCGGGUGUUCAGCCCAAGGCGCAGGAAGUAGGCCGACCUGUCAGUCCCAGGGCUGCACUGAUCAGGAAACUUGAGCAGGAGGCCAGCCAAAAAUCCCAGCAGCAAGAUAAACAACAUCUCGUCCGGCACUCUAACAAGCCUCCCUCUGAAAACACCAAACCACACACAGACAGUGCUAAACACAAACAGGCAAAGAGGAAGGAGGCACCAGGUAGAUUCAAGCCUAUAAUGGAGGAGGGUGGCUCGAAGACAGCUAAAGAGCAUGAGAGUGAGAGUGACACUGAAGAAGGUUCUGAUAGUGAUAGUGUUAAGGAUUAUAAGGUGCACACAUCAAAGUCCAAAUCUAGUCAUUCCGAUAUGCUGCACAGUGAGGCAAACAGCAGGUCUGACCACAAGCAUAGGUUGGACACAAGUGUUCAUGAAUAUAUGGAAAGAAGUAAAAAUGAUUCAGUGUGUUCAACAGACAAAAAACUUGUCAGAGUGCUAAGCUACACUGCAAUGACAGAAACAAGUAGCGCUUCUCAGGCGUCAGGAUCGGAACAAGAUCUGGAUUCAAACAGUGACUCAAGUGAGUCAGAUGAAGAGUCAGAUGAGGAUUAUAUUGUGGAGGAAACUCCGACCAAAAUAGUGACUCGUAAAGUUGCAGGAAGAAAUGAUUUUAUAAAUCCUACACAAACUUCAGCAAACACAGACUUCUUAGGCCCUGGUAACAGUGCCUAUAUUCCAGGUGCAAAAUCACCUCUUGUGAUCUCAAAAGAAAAGAUUGACUCAGGUCCUAAAAACCCUCUCCUUAAGGUUAAGGAUGAUACAAAGUUUUCUUACCAUUCAGACUCAGAUUCAGUUGGUAACAAGAAAAACACCAGUUUCAGUGAUAGUGAUGAUACUGAGGAAGAGAAACCAGUCAAGUCAAACAAAGGAGGCUACGGAGAGAAGAAGACACUUCAGUUUGACGAUGAUGAUGAGUGGAGUGACCUCACACCUAAGCAUGACAGGUCUGGGAGAUCUAGACUGGUUGAUGGGGAGAAAGACCAUGACAAGACUCUGGUGGAAGAACCUGACAAACCAGUCAAACAUACAGAAGACACUCCACCCACCUCCAAGCUGGUAACAAAGUUGUUCCCCCAACUCAAACCACCCCAGGCUAAACAGGAAGAACAGACCCUACAGAAAGUGCAGGCAGCCAGCCAGGCCAGCAGUGGUGAGGGGAUUCAGUCUAAAGUCCUCCGAGACAAACUCAUUGAGCUUGAGAGAGAGAUUGAAAAGUUCCGCAACGAAAAUGCCCACCUGGCCAAGCUUAGGACAGAGAGAGAAGAGGGUCUGACUAAGCUGAAAAAGGAGAUUGGGGAGUUUGAGAGAGAGAAAGCUGCAGAGUUGAGGCGGAUUGAGGAGUUCCGUACUGAAGAGAUGAAGAAACUCAAACAUGAGCGUAAGAUGUUUGACAAGUACCAGAAGGCAGCAAGGGCAGGGCCAGACAAGAAAGAGAGGGAGGAGAUAGAAAACCUCCGUAUGCAGCUCACCGAGCUACAGGAGGAGCUAAAGAGGAAGGAGUCCCGGUGGACGUCGACCACGUCCCGACUGCGGGACAAGAUGGAGGCCGUGGAGCACGAGAAUGAGGAACUGAAGGAGGAGGUGAAACUCCUUGAGAGGAAACGUCUCGAGUGGAUGGCCAGAGAUGAUAAGAAUAAGGGCAAGAUGAACAAUCUGCGAAGCAGUACUCCUACUGAUGAGGGCUUGAAAAACCAUGUGGACCACCUCACAAAUGGAGGACCUGAAUAUGGAGGGGGGGAACUCAAUGAUUUAUCAGCACUAUCAUCAGUGAGGACAGGUGUACAAAAGACCCAACCAGCUCAUUCCAAGGCAAAUAUUCGCUCAUCUUUUCCUCCAUCCCAAAUGUCACACUCCUCUCACACUUCAGGUUACAAUUCACACUCAUCCUCACACAAUUCACACUCAUCCUCACACAAUUCAUACUCUUCUUCAUACAGUACUCACCCCUCAUCUCACACACAUAGUGCUCAAUCUACACAUGGCCAUCAAACUACUCACACAACCACACAUGGGAAAUUGUCCAAUGUGAACCAGUCAACAAAGACCAAUACAGCAACAAAAGGCAAUCAGUCUAACAAGAAGAUUACCCACAAUGCAAAACAUGGUCAUGCUACUCAGGGAUUGUCUCAAAAUGCAGGAAAAGCAAACAAACCAGCGGGCAAAGUUGGAAAUGUGAAGGGAGAUCCAAAGAAUGUUCUGCGUAAUUCUUACGGUGAAGAUGUACCGAGGCAGGAACUUGGCCCAUCAGCUGCCCCACAAGAAGUAAGCAUGUAUUCUGAGGGAGACAGUGAGGCUCCUGCACCAGGGCCCUCCAACCUGCACCAGGGAGACAGUCAGGUCGCCAACCGCGGGUCCACCAAUAUGCCUCGAAAGUUUGCCACCAGACAGUAUGGUGUAGACAGGUCUGUCAUAGACAAAGGUGACCACAAUGAAUAUGAUGAAAUACAGCACAGCGAUGGCAAGAUUGAAAGGACUUAUCGUAGCGGAGCUCGAGAAAUACUCUUCACCAAUGGCACAAAGAAGGAGAUAUCAUCUGACGGAAGGUCCAUUAUUGUGUCAUUCUUCAACGGAGAUGUGAAGCAAAUCAUGCAUGACCAGAGGGUGGUUUACUACUAUGCUGAGAACAAAACUACACACACAACAUACCCUGAUGGUUUGGAAAUACUGCAAUUUCCAAAUGAGCAAACAGAGAAGCUGUACCCAGAUGGUACCAAGGAGAUCACAUUCCCUGACCAGACUGUCAAAUACAUCUUUCCAAAUGGCUCUGAGGAGAGUAUUUUCCCGGACGGCACAGUGAUACGACUGGAGAAGAACGGGAAUAAAACUAUGGAGUUCCCGAAUGGGCAGCGGGAAAUACACACACAGGAGUACAAGAGUCGGGAAUACCCAGACGGCACAGUUAAGACGGUUUACCCGGACGGGCGCCAGGAGACGCGUUACUCAAAUGGGAGAUUAAGGGUGAAGGACAAGGAUGGCAAUAUCGUGGUGGACAGGCUGUGCUGAAAACUACUAAAAUGGGAAUUUCUUUGAUAUAGUGUCUUAGCUAUUCUAAAUGGACAGAGAUAUAUUUUGCCUAGUCUUGUCUGUAUCUCAGUUAGCUUUCUACAAUUGAUAAUGCUGUUUCCUUAAUCCUGAGUUCUGUAUUUAUUUAUAAGCAAAUUGAUUUACUGGUCAGAGAAAUCAUUUAUUUAUAUUUGAACAAAAGAUUACAGUUAAGUUUGUAAGACUAUUUUCAUAGUUGAAUUGAGAAUUUGAUUUAUGAUUAUGUUCAACAUUUUAAAAAAGCUAUUUAUCAGUGUUAAGUAUUCACUUAAUAUUAACUUAAUCUUAUUUGGUUUGUAAAAUAAAAAGUGUAAUGUACACAAAGUAUAGCUCUGGAGGCAUUUAAAUUGUUUACAGAAACAGUUGAAAGAUGACAAGCUUUGUCAGUAAGCAACAUCGACAUGCCAUAGGUACUGAUUACCAGUUCUUCACAACAGUGGUCGGGAAGUAUCAAUCAGUUUAAAAGUUAAACCUAAAAUAUACUGAGUUACACACUAUAUUGUUCAUUCAAUGAACUUUUAGUUCUGAAUAAGAUUGUACCUUAUUUGUAACAUUUGUUACUCAAAUACAGGAUAUUUUGAUAAAGGGCCCAUUACAGUAUGCUUUCUCAUGAAUGAUACUUCAUGUUUGGUGUCAAGUCAAAUGUUUUGUUGAAGGGUUGUAUGAUUAUUUUCGUACUGGUAGCUUGAAUGCCAGAAGAUUCCAGACUUUUCUUUCCUAAAUAUUUAAACGUUGCUUGCUACCUUAGUAUUAAAUCCAUGCUUUAUUGUUAAAACACUUUGUUUGAACCUGACUGAGCAACGUUAAAAACUGAUUUUGAUUUAUUCAUAUUUUAUUGCAUACAAACAAGUUUACAUAAUACAUUAACACAUUCUGAUGCAAAUAUUUCAGUUUAUAUAUAUAUAAGUUAGAAAUCAGCCCUCCCUGUUUUGUCAGACUUAUAUCAACAAAAAGAAAUAGCAUAAGGAUUUAUAAAUUAUCACUAUGAUAUAAACUGCUACCUUUAGAAAAUCCUUGUGUAAAAAAGUUGUAUUAAAACGGACUGAGUUCAAUUGAGAUAUGGAAAAAGAAAAAAAAGAAAAAGUUUGUCGCCAUAACCCCCUUUUUAAUUUUCACCGGAAAGACAGCAAUAACAACUGUAUAGAAGUCAUGCUUUUUUACAAGAUCAUAUAUUAUUUACACGUUUUGUAUUUUCUAUAUCAUGAAGCUUAUUCAAAAUGAUUUAAAGGUACAUUUGUGUUAAGCGUUUCGAUUCAGUGUUAAUCGCUUUAGUUACGUUUUGAGGUUGCCUGUUAGGUAUUAGUUACAUGUCUUAAUUCUGAUCGAAAGCAGUCGUGCAGAAAAAGACAUAUAUAUAUUAUUCAAAUGUUGUUCAAUUUCAAAGUGUUCUUCAUUUAUAUAAAUUGGAAAUUUACAAAUAUUUAGUCUAGAGAAAAUAUUUUAAGUACAUGAAAUAUUUAAAUGUUUAAACAUGUUUUCUGAAACAGAACCGACCCAACAAUCCUUUAUCAUGUGAUAUCAGGGGUGUGCCAGUAUUGGGUGUGUGCCAUUCUCAUAUAUUUUGCAAAAGCCUCUUCUCCCUGGAGACAUAUUGAUUGAUGUUUGAUGUCUUUGCCUGUGCAUGCAUUUGUAUUUCAAAUACAUUAUGGUAUAUUAAAGACAGUGUUAACAUAUUCUAAUUAGAAUGAAUUGUCAAUGUAUUGUUCCUUGCCAGUUUUUGUGCUAAUUAUUGUUUGUUUAAUAAUGUAAUUGUUAAGGGACUGAAAUAUUGUACAAUAUAUUUGUUAAUUACACAUAGAAUGCAAGUUAGUAAUUUUAUUUGUAUACAAUUUUUCCCAAGGCAGUUCUAGAGUAUGACUUAUCUGUGAUAAUAUACUGAUCGGGAAUUUUUAACUUUGUAGAAUAAAUAUGAAAUAUU